AGAGUCUCGCGAUCUCCUGAAGAAAUUCCCGAAGCCGAAGGAACUCCUCUACUACACCCUCAUCCGUGCCCUGGACUGCACCGACAUCCGUGACAAACUGACCUACGUCAGCACCGGCUCCGACCAGGGCUAUAGAGUCACCCUGCGAAUCAAGUGGCCGAAACCCUUUGAAGUGGAAGGGUGUGGUGAGCAGAAAUACGAUGCCGAGUGUCAUGCAGCAGCGCAAGCGUGUAAAAUAUUUCAGGAUCUUGGUUUAAUGGAUUCGGGAACAGAGUCCCAGCACAAGGAGUUCAAGGCUCCACUUGAAGCAUAUUCUCCGGCAGAGAAGAAAGGGAAGAGCAAAUUGAGAGCACAGAAGAGCCGUGCGGCCAGGACUAAUCCCAGACAAAUGGCUCUGGACAGUGAUGAAGAAUUGGCGGCCAUGAAAGAGUUUCCAAAUCCCAAGCACCUCCUGUCCAAAGUCAUCCAGGUGGCCACCUCCUGUUCUAGUAGCAAGGACUUCGUCCAAUACCAGCACGAGGGGGGAAGCAUCAAGACCUGUCGCCUGACCAUCAGAUGGCCACAGACAUUCACCUUUGUCGCUCGCGGCCUGCGGAGGACCGAAGCGGAGAGGAAGGCGGCUGCCCUGGGCUGCCAGAAACUGAAGGAUCUCGACCUCCUAGACCCGAAUAACAGGCCGUUGACGCAUGCCAUGUAUCACCAAUCUGCUGUGCAGAAGCUGCGGGAGCAGCAGCGGCAGCCGAAGCGGUUUAAAGUUCCAGAAGACUUGCUGAUUAGAAUGGAGAAUUACUUUCAGGAGUUUCCCUUAGUUGGAGUUGGAAUCAGACAUGGAAUCUGACAUUGAGGGAUAUUCCUCCUCACAGAUGGAGUCAACAGACGAUUGGUCAGACUGUGGCACAAUCAGUGACCCCAUUACCGGCCAGCCAUACACCCCAUUAUCUGAAAACUCAUUGGAUCGGAUCAGCCGAUCGCUGGAUGCCAAAUGGCGCAGCAGCCAGGGAAAACCGAUACAGAAGUUACCCGCCGAUGACCAUAAAGAAGCCAUUUUGAAGGCCAUUGAGAGCAAUCCUGUAGUGGUAAUAGCUGGGGACACAGGAUGUGGGAAGACAACGCGUUAUCCCACGCUUCGUCCUAGAGGACGCCAUUCUCAGCGGGUCAGGAGCUCAUUGCAAUAUAAUAGUCACUCAGCCCCGCAGGAUCAGUGCUGUAUCGGUGGCUCACCGCGUGGGCCAGGAAUUGGGACCAGACCUACGUCGUAAUGUGGGUUACCAGGUCCGCCUGGAGAGCAUGCUUCCCCCCCGCGGGGGUGCGUUGCUCUUCUGCACAGUUGGAGUGCUGUUAAAAAAGCUGCAGACAAAUGCCACCAUGGAGGGGGUCAGCCACGUGAUAGUGGACGAGGUCCAUGAGAGGGACGUCAGCACGGACUUCCUGCUUAUCCUGGUGAAGCAGAUGCAGGCACUGAACCCCAACGUCAAAGUGAUUCUCAUGAGCGCCACCGGAGAUAACGAGCGCAUCUCAAAGUACUUCGGGGACUGUCCGAUUGUCCGGGUGCCGGGAUUUAUGUAUCCUGUGAAGCAGCAUUACCUGGAGGACGUCCUCGCUAUGAUGAGGUUGUCAUCCUAUCAGCCACCACAGACCAAUGAAGAAUGCCUUCCCGAUCUAAAUCUGAUUAGCAGGGUCAUUGUCACAUUGACCAGCAUGGAGAGCCUGGCAGCAUUUUGUGCUUCCUACCCGGCUGGCAGGAGAUCCGUGGAGUCCAGGAGAUGCUGCAGGAGACCCUGUCUGAUGGGAAACAUCUUAUCUUACCAGUUCAUUCCAACAUUCCAUUGAAUGACCAGCAGUCCAUAUUCCAGCGCCCACCUCCUGGCGUGCGUAAAAUUGUCCUGGCCACCAACAUUGCGGAGACUUCGGUGACGAUUGACGACAUCGUUCAUGUUGUGGAUUGUGGAAUGCAGAAGGAACAGCGAUACGACCUCCGGACAAAGGUUUCCUGUCUGGAGACCUUCUGGGUGUCUAAAUCCAACGUCAUUCAGAGACGAGGGAGAGCGGGGCGCUGCCAGCCUGGCUUCUCCUACCAUCUCUUCACCCAACAGCAGCACCAGUCAAUGGCCGACUUCCAGAUACCGGAGAUCCUGCGAACGCCCCUGGAAAAUCUGGUCCUUCAGGCCAAGAUACACACCCCGGAGAUGACGGCGGUAGAAUUCCUCUCACGAGCGCUGGAAUGUCCCGACAAGCUCGCCAUCCAAAAUGCAGUGCUGUUGCUGCAGGAAAUCCGGGUGCUGGAUGAAAAGGAGGGACUGACAACACUGGGUCAGCAUGUGGCCAACAUCUCCACUGACCCCAGCCUGGCCAAGGCGAUCGUCCUAUCCGCCAAUUUCCGCUGUCUGCAGCCCCUACUGACCAUUGUGGCCUCUUUGACCAGAGACCCAUUCCUUGGAGGAGUGCUAAACCGGGCCGAGGUCAACAAGGUGAAGGCGAGAUUCAGCGGGGAGUCGUGCAGUGAUCACUUGGCAUAUGUGCGGAUUGUAAAGACCUGGAAGGAGGUUCUCAGGCUGAGGAGAGAUUUCUGCAGAGAAGAGUUUCUAAAGGACAACGUCCUCUCGAGGUCCUCACUGCGCUUCAUCCAAGGUCUGGUCUCGCAGUUCUCCGCCAACGCUCACGAUGCCCAUCUCGUGCCGCAUCCGCAUGACUGUGUGCAUGACGGUGCUCUAUGCAACCAGUUUAGCAAUGAAGAUGAACUGGUGAAAGGGGUUCUGGUGGCCGGAUUGUUCCCCAAUCUCAUCCAGGUCAGGCGUGGGCAGGUCCUAAGCGGGAAGUUUCGGCCUAACAGCCUCAUGUACAGGACGAGGGGCGGACCGGUACUCCUCCACAAGAGCACCGUCAAUAGGGACCUGCUGCAUUUUCCGCUCUCCAUGGCUCACCUAUUUUCAGGCGGUGAAGUCCACUGGCGCAGUGUUUGUGCGGGACAGCUCCAUGGUGCACCCACUGGCGGUUCUCCUAAUGGCAGACAGCUCCGUAACCUAUAAAGGUAAGCGCACCGGUCUCCCCACUGGGGCUCUCUCUGAGCUCUCCUAAACUGAGAAGCUGGCAAGUAUUUGGAGUAUCGG